UUUCCUUACACCUUUCGUGACCGUUACUCUCGGAGUCAGAACGCGUCCUCCUUAUCUCGGGUUCGAUAGAAUCUCUCUCUUGAACUCGAACCACCAUGCGCGGACGCGAGCUCGACGUCGAGGUCGGCGAUGAGUAUAAGGAGGAGCAGCAAGCUCUCCUGCCAGAGUCUUCCAGAGACAUUGAACCAGCCGCACGCCUCGAGCCUUCACCUCGUCGUAACUUCUCGGUCACUCAGCUUAUCCUGGCAUUUGUAGCUGGCGGCAUUGCUUGUCUUGGAAUCCAACUUGCAAUUAUUGGGCCGUCUUGUCUGUCGUCUAAUUCGUACGGCCUCGAGGAGGAUGUUCUCAACGCGCUCGCGCCUCCUUACGUCGGUUCAACCGAAGUCCACAAUUGGCCUCCAGCAUCUCCAACGAAUGCGGACCCUACUCUAUUCCCCACCGACGUUGGAUACCCAGGUGCGACGCCAACUGGUGCGGAGGCAGCUCUCAUCGCCACAGCACCCUCCUAUCCCGUCCACACCGGCGCGCCUCAGCUAGUCCUGCCUGUAACAUUACACUCGGGCGAGAAAUCCACUAGCAAGUCUUUCGACCUCUUCAAGUCCUGGGGCAACCUCUCGCCAUGGUACAGUGUACCCAGAGGGACGUUUGGGAUUGAUUCGGGUCCGGAGGCACCGGAGCAGUGUACGGUCACUGGACUGCACUUCUUGCAUCGUCAUGGGGCGAGGUAUCCGACCCAGUGGGCCUCUUAUGGUGGUCCUGCCGCUUUCGCUGGACGCUUGAAUCACAACGCCGAGAACUGGACAGCCAAAGGAGACUUGGACUUCCUCAACGAAUGGACAUACAAGCUGGGAGAAGAAGUUUUAACGCCGUUUGGUAGACAGCAGCUUUACGACCUCGGGAUUUCUAUGCGCCUGAAAUACGGAUUUCUGCUCGAGAACUUCACCGACUCCCUCCCCGUCUUCCGCACAGAGUCCCAAGACCGCAUGCUCAAAUCCGCUCUCAACUUCGCCGCCGGAUUCUUCGGCAUCCCGUACGAGGACAAAUACCUGCAGAGCAUCACCAUCGAGGAGAGCGGCUACAACAACACGCUCUCGCCGUACAUGACCUGUCCCAAUUCGCGCGACAGGUCGAAGUCUGACCGUGGAACUGCUUUCGUCAAGGAAUGGGCCGAGAUUUAUUUGAAGGAUGCGAGGGAGAGGUUGCAGGUUGAGCUUGACGGAUUUGAUUUGAAGAUUGAGGAUGUGUAUACGAUGCAGCAGAUGUGUGCUUAUGAGACCGUCGCUAUCGGGUACUCCAAGUUCUGCGAACUGUUCACGCAGGAAGAAUGGGAAGGAUUUGACUACUCCCUCGAUAUCUACUUCUGGUAUGACUCUGCCUUUGGCUCGCCAGUCUCCCGUGUACAAGGCAUAGGCUACAUCCAAGAGAUGGUCGCCCGUCUUACCCAAACGCCGAUAGCGACCCACAACUCCUCGACCAACGCCACCCUCGAUGACGACCCUAUCACCUUCCCCCUCAACCAUAAUCUAUACGUUGACGCGACGCACGAGGUUGUCGUCCUCAACAUCAUCACGGCUUUGAAUCUUUCAUCUUUCGCUGCGGCGGGUCCUUUACCGAGCGAUCAUAUCCCAUCGUACAGAACAUUCCGCUCGUCCCAACUCUCGCCCUUCUCCACCAACAUCCAAUUUCAACUGCUCUCCUGCGAAACCUCUCCCGAUCCUCAAAUCCGCGUCAUCAUCAACGACGCCGUCGCCCCUCUCACCGGCAUCGCCGGCUGCCCGGAGGACAAACACGGCAUGUGUCCCAUCCCGACGUUCGUCGAGUCUCAGAAGAAGAUCAUACAGAACACGGACUGGGAAUGGGCUUGUCGUGGGGAUUGGAGUGUCCCGGGUGGGAAGGAGUGGAGUACGGUUACGGGAGAUCCACCCGGUGUGGUUUGGUAAGUAGGUUUGGGUGAGCUUGAGACUUGGAGGGGACUGCGAGACAAUUGAGGCGACUUGGAUACACGCGUGCGAUGGUGGCACACGGUUACAGGGACUACGAGGUUGUGGGACAAUCUACGAGUUCGGGCGCCUCUGUCUAAUCGGAUGGAUAGAUUUCUUGCUGUGUCAUAUUCUUCACUCAUCGACACACAAUCAUUGCAUUUUUCACUUUGACUCUGUCAUGUCACACUCUCUGACCUACGCAAAUUCACUGUGUCCACAUUCUCAUAUGAAGCUUUUGC